CAAAUAUUUUGUUCCCGUGAUGGUUGUCGUCGACUAGAAUCCGUUUAAUUUUUGUUUUUAAAGACUCUUCUAUGAUGGAAAAAAUGUUGCGCCGUAUUAGAAGAUUUUGCAGUCUGCGUCGGAAUGUUGACGACGACCGCUCACCACUUGGCCGGUCUACCCCGGAUAAAGACCGUCCUUUUCAUAUAAACAAUAUGCAGCUGCGACAAUUUCUUGAGCAGCACUUGGGUGGUCGUGUAGAUAUUGAAGAAGAACAUGUGACUCCCCAGCAGGCUGGUGAUCCCGUGCCCUGUACAUUCCAGAUUCAAGUUACAGUAAGAACAAAUUCAAAGACACUCUUGACUCUCAACUUGUUUGUAAAAAUGUUAAUGGAUGAUCAGGACGACUUACCGAAGAUAGAGCGUGCGUAUAUGAGAUUAGACGAAUUGAUCAAUAUGAAAAAAGUAGUUCAAACGUAUAACGUUGUUAUACCGAAGAUUGGGAUGUUUCAAGAACAAAUGAAAAUUCAGAAACAUUUUCUCAUUUCAAAUUUAUUCCCAGAAUGUGUUGGGGCCAGAAUGAGUCUACAACCACGUCUUCUAUAUUUGCCCGAUCAAUCUAGUGCCAUAAUGCUUUACAACCCAUGCGAACAAUGUACAUUUGAUGCAUGGGAACUGGAAGGAUGUAGAUAUAACGGUUUUCGUUAUAACACUAGCGUAUUGAUUCUUCGAGACAUGGCUCGUUUUCAUGCAGGCACAAUAGCUAUGCGUCUGAAAGGAAACACUACAUUUGAGAGAGAAAUUAUUCCGAUUGUUAGUUUGGAGGUGAAAAGAUUUAAGAAAAUUCCUCCUUUUGAAACGCUUUCCCACGAAUUAAUUAGCCAUGGGCUAAGAGACGUCCAAUUGCCAGAUGAUCAAAUAGUGGCUAUCCGAGAAUCCCUCCACCUUUAUAGAUUAGACGAUUGGAUUAUCAGAGCAGGCAGGGAUCAAACUUGGUAUGCAUUAAGCUAUUCCCGAUACUGCAACCCCUAUAUAAUGUCAAGCCAAACACGUUCAAAUGCGACUAAGACAAGCAAACUGCUCGAAUUGCAUAGAUCCGGAUUUAAUAACUGUUGUGAAGAUUUAGCAUCAUUUAUAUUCACAUGUGUAAACCCUGAGAUCUUCGAGCUACGUUUUGCAAUAUUCCAGAUGUUCGAAAAUUUAUUGGAGGAAUAUUACUAUGAAUUUAAUCGUACUUUACAAGUGCAUAAAAUACCCAUCGACCAAUACACCUACCAUGGCUUUACAUCAGAAUUUCAUGCCGUGGGGAAGAAAAUGUUGGCUCACAUUUUUGAGAGCAUAAAAUCGUGUUUUUGCGAAAACUAUAACAGGGAUGGUGAUCCAAUUUUAAGUAACGAAUAUAGCAAAAGAAUCAAGGCUACUGUUAACAUUAUGACAAUGUAUAAAUGGAUAAAACAUUCGGACUCCAAUUUUUCCGAUGUUUCGACCGAUAGAAAUUUACUUCUAUUGAGCUAAUUAAAUUAUUUAUUUAAGUGCGUUGUAGAAAUUGUGUCCAUGAUGACUUUUUUACAGCAGCUUAUUUCAAAUGUAUUAGUGGAAAUUGUCCGUAAAAGCACAACUCUUCACAGCAAACUGAAGUGCCAUAAUCGUAUGUAGUGUUAUGUAAUUUUACAAUUGUAUGAAUGUGUGAGUUUUUAGAGUCAAAAUCGAUAUGACGACAUUCAUAUCAUCGACAUCGACGACUUACAUAUAUAUCGAAAUAUAUAUGUAAGACUAGAAUUCGCAUACGUCCCUCUUAUAAUUUAUACUUAAAAGACACAUAUUUCAUAUUUAUAACUAUGUUUUCGCUUUCUUGCUUUUUUACUACUUUGUGUACUUUUCUAUACACGCAUUAUAAAAUGCAAAAUAAAUUGUAUUUAUUUUUGCCUUUUUUUAAUGGGAAAACAAUAUAUAAACAGAAAAUAUGCAAAAUUAUUUAUAAUUAGAGUUAAAGCUGCAACUGCAACUUUAAAGUUAUACAUGUACCGGAUUUGACGAAAAUUAUGCAAUAUAGUAAAAAUAAUACAAUGCUUGGUAUUAUUUUCGAAUUGUUACGGCAAUACAGAAUGUAAACUAUUUUAUGAACUAAGUCGUUUACAUGUCUAAAGUAUUAAAUUGUAUAUAAAAUAGCACUUAAUCUUAUAUCAUUCAUAAAUGUACAUAAGUAUUUUGGUGGCUUGUUAUAGACUUUAACCGAAUACUUUGUCGGUUACAAGGCAUUAUUCUAAUACGCUUAAAACUUUAGCAAAUAAUAUACUCUGUGACGAAUUUAUACUGUUUAGUCAAACAAAUGAUGUGCCAUUUAAAUUAAUUGAAUGAAUACAUACAUACAUUACACCAA